UCCGCCUUUUUGAUUUAUUAGUACAAUAGUGUGAACCACUACUAUACCGAAGAAGAAAUGGAGACGGAAGGGUCUUCACCAUAUCCAUGCAUGGUGACCGUUCGACGGAACCCUCACCGGAAAGCAAGACCAACACCUUCCUCCGCCGCGCCUGCUUCGCUUCUCCGAUCUUCAUCAUCACCGCCGCGAAACAUCUCUUCAUUCCCCAUUGAAGACAUUCUGUCCAUCGAAGUCCCUGAAAAAAAAAUUACGGAGGCAUCAUCGGAGAAUCUUAAGGUAUUUAUGAGAAUCCGAACAUUACUUUCUCAACGAGAAACACUGAAAAAAGAAAAAAUGGUCGCUGAAAUGAAGAAGACAAAAAUGGCUUGGCCUAAAAACCCUAAGUCCACGAAUGCGUUGCCAAAGAAGCUCAAAAAGAGCAAUGAAGUCUGUGUGAGAGUGAACGAUGCACAUUCCGUCACUGUAUCGCUUCCGCAGAGCUUACAAGACGGCAAACGUAUUAAAUCAGAAGUUUAUCAAGGUUUUUCACAAGUCUUCUCGUCAGAAGCAUCUCAGAGGGAAGUGUAUGAAAUAAUGGUGAAUCCUUUAGUUGAGGAUUUUCUGAAGGGUAAGAGUGGCAUGUUGGCUGCAUUGGGACCAAGUGGCUCUGGGAAGACUCAUACAAUCUUUGGCUGCGGAAGGGACCCUGGUAUGGUGCCUUUGGCUCUUGGUCGAAUUUUAUCACAAGAAGAAGGCAACAAGAUGCAGUCACAGAGGAUAUUUUAUCUGUCCAUGUUUGAGAUCUGUUCUGAGAAAGGAAAAUCUGAAAAAAUAUUUGAUUUAAUUCAAGAUGGGGCUGAUUUGUUUAUCCAACAAUCAUCUAUUAAAGGCUUGCGAGAGGCUGUACUUUAUGAUCCUCAACAAGCUGAAUCCCUAAUCGCAUGUGGACUUUUGAAGCGUGCUACAGCUAUGACAAAUUCAAAUAGUCAAUCUAGUCGUUCACAGUGCAUCAUAAACAUCCGCUGUGAAUAUAAGAAGGUAGAUGGAAAAGUUGGUGAUAACUCAAACAGUGCUGUCCUGACCAUAGUUGACCUUGCUGGAGCUGAGAGGGAAAAGAAGACUGGAAAUCAGGGGAUUAGACUGGUCGAAAGUAAUUUUAUCAACAACACAUCAAUGGUGUUUGGCCUGUGCUUAAGGUCAUUACUGGAGCAUCAGAAGAACCCCAGGAAACCUAUGCAGAAGCACUUUCAAAACUCUUUGUUGACCAGAUACUUACGAGAUUAUUUGGAAGGCAAGAAGCGGAUGGCAUUGCUUCUAACUGUAAGACCUGGGGAAGAACACUACCUUGAUACAUCUUUUCUGUUAAGGCAGGCUUCACCAUAUACAAAAAUCAAGUUUGAUAUCAUUGAAGAACAUGGAAUUUUAAACCACAAUAAGAGGCAUGUGCAAAGAACACCUAGCUUGGUGCAGCUUAAAAGAAUGAAAUUGAGCCGAAGUGAAGAUUGUGAGAUCAAUCAAGGAAGUGAUGAAUGUACUCAACUUUUGAAUAAAGAAGCUGCUGCGAAAGGAAUGAAGGAUGUCAGCUUGAUAGAUGUUCAUGUUCAAUCUGAGGAGAUCAUCACUACAGAAGCAAAUGUGAGGAAUAAUCUCAGAGUUGAUCACGUUGAAUUGGAAAGGAAAGAGAGAAAUCAUCAGAUUCUGCAAAAUUUUGGUAAAGCUUUGUGGAAAGUCUUGAAAGAAUACAAGAAAAAACUUGAGGUGGCGGAAAAUGAAAUUUGCACCCUCAUGAAUUGCUUAACUAGUGAGAAAACUAGAUCUGCUGAACUUGAGAAUCAACUGAGGGAUUGGCAAAGUAAUUGCUGCUGUAGGGAAGGAAUUUCAAGUGAGGUGUUCUCCAGAGAAGUGGAUGAAUUCGGAAGAAAAAAUUCGUUAGAAUGUGAGGAGCAUCAGAACACUGAUUGCAAUGAGGUGAAAUCAGAAGUUUAUUCUCGCCAUUUGGAAGGGUCUGCACUUGCAAGAAAUGAGAAGUGGCUCCCCUCGACUACUGCUCAGCAGCUCGAAAGAUCUACUAGAGGUGCUACUGGAGUUGAAGAUCUGAGGAAUCCAAAUGGAAUGAAAGCAGAAAGUGCAGAUUGGAAGGGUAAAGCAACUGCUGUAUUAAGUGGGUCAUGCUCUUGCAUUGAUCAGGAGUUCGAGCAAGAAAAGGGAAGUUCUGAUUCUGUAGUUAGCACUUCCCAAGCAACUUCCAUAAACAGAGAUGAGAACCGCCUGAUGGAAGAGGACCACACACUUUCUGAUUCAGUAUUUCCAGAAUGUACUGUCAGCUCUUCUAAAUCAUCUCUCUCCAUUGAAAAUAAGACCUCUUUUCCGGUGGGGGAGAACCAAACACAAAACGGAGAGGACAAGGUACUAUUGGGUCCAUCAACAACGUUAAUGCCUGGGGAAGUUGUAGGCCGAGGUGGCAACAACGUAGUUGAAGCGGUUACUAAACAUGGUUCCGGCACUAAAUUUCAGAAUGCAGAUAAACCAAAAAGGAGACUUAUACCAGUUUCAUCCAUCUUAUUAAAAGAUAUAGGCAGCAUAAACUUCAAGGACGAGAAUGAGAAACCAAAGGGAGUCAAGGCAGAAAAGAAAGGAGCUUCUGGUGAACACAGAACUCAAGGCAGCAUUUCACUUCUUCGUUUGCUUAAGGAUAAUCUUGCUAUCUAGUGCAUACUGCAAAAUGAUAACUUCAUUCUAAGGUUUUGUCUGCAACAAAUAAACCGUUUCCUCUGCAAUUAAGUUCUGAAAAUGCUACUCUUUUUUUUUUUUUUUUGGAAGCUCAUGAGCUUUUCUGAGAAUUGUACGGAACAAAGUUCGAAAAGAACAAGGACAGGCAUGGAAUAUUGAAUGCAGGAGUAAAAUUUCUUAGAUAGUCA